UAAUUGGAGAGUUAAAGGACCUAGAAACUCUCAGCUUUAUUGGGUCUGAAGUUGCAGAAUUACCGCGAGAAAUUGGACAACUCAUUCGUUUAAGGCUAUUAGAUUUGACAGAUUGUUCAUAUUUGAAAUUAAUUCCAGCUGGUGUCAUAGCAAGCUUGACCCGAUUGGAAUGCUUGUACCUGAGAAAUGGUUUUAAGGACUGGAGUGUCGAUGGUCAAGACAUGGGAAGAAAUAAUGCAAGCCUUACAGAGUUGAAGCAUCUUUCUUACUUAAGAACCUUAGAAAUUGAAGUACUAGAUGUUGAGAUAUAUCCUAAAGAUUUACUGUCUGGGAAUCAAUUGAUUGAAUAUAAAAUUGCUAUAGGUAGCAGUUUUCUAAGGUCAGAUGUAAAGAAUAAUUCAAGGGCCUUGAAACUCUCGAGAUGUCAAAGUAUUAUUCAAGAAGGCGGUGGGGUCAGUAUGAUGUUAAAAAGAGCAGAAGCAUUGAUCCUAACGGGAUUGGAGGACGUGGAGACUGUUCUCAAUUAUUUUAGAAUCGAUGCAUUUUCGAAUCUGAAGCGUUUGAAGGUUGAUGGGUGUGGUGGUAAGAUUGAAUAUCUAGUGGACACCACGGAAAGGAUGUCACCUUCUAUUUUUCCAGUGGUGGAGAUAUUAGACCUCCGAAGCAUGCAAGACUUUAGACAGAUAUGCCAUGGCCAUCUCCCAUCUACAUCUUUUUCUGAACUACGUGAGUUGUUGCUUGACAACUUACCUAAGUUAAUAAAUUUGUGGGAGGAUCCCACUGGCCAAGCACAGCUUUCUAGCCUAAGGCAACUCCAACACCUACAUCUAGAUAGCUGCGACAAUAUGGAAGCGAUGCUUGCAAUCAAUGCAGAAGGAGCAGUGGCAGAAGCUGAUGAAAUUGUCUUACACAAGUUGGAAGAGUUGAACCUUUGGAAUCUACCAGACCUCAAUUUAGAAUAUUUGUCUAUUUCAAAAUGUUAUUUGUUGGAGGAUUUAUAUGAAGGACAUGAUGCAACUUCAGUUACACUACCAAAGAUUAGGACUGUUUUGUUGUUGGGUUUACCAAAAUUGAAGGAUACAUGGUGGAACAAGGCCUGCCAUGAAUCUCGUAGCUUUGAGAAUCUCAAAGAACUGACUAUCGGAGGAUGUAAUUGUAAGAGAUAUGUUUUCUCUUUUACCACAUCGAAACUUCUUAUUCAACUCCAAGAGCUGGUAAUAGAAGAAUGCGAUAUGAUGAAAGAGAUAAUAGCAACCGAAAGAGAGGAAGAUGGAGAGGUUGUUGAUGCAAUUGUGUUCCCUAAAUUAUUUUACCUGUCCCUUGGUCGAAUGCCUGAACUCACAAGCUUCUACCAAGGGAAUUGUACUUUAGAAUUCCAAUCUUUGGAAGCAUUGAAGAUUGAAAAAUGUCCCAAGAUGCAAACAUUUGUUGGUUCAAGCACAAAUAGGUCAAAAGAAGCAAGUGAGGAAGGGUUAGAAGGGCAAACAGAUCAAGAAGGCAACUAUAGUGUCGCUGUGAAACCAUUUUUCAACAAAAAACGGACAAUCAAUUUCCAGGAUACCAAAUGUGACACAUCACUGAUACUAGUUGUUGUCCAUAAUUCUUCUCUGCUUCGCUCACCACCAGGAAAACUUGGUGAAGGGGAGGAGAAAGAAGAAGAAGAAACUUUGACCACUCAACAAUUCCCAAGAGAAGUAUGCAAAGAAGCAGAAGAUAAAGCAUAA